UCAACCUGUAUUUCCGGUGCGACCCAAACAGCCGCACUGAUGUUAUUGUGACCAAAAUCAUCUGCGCUUCAUAUCGUUUUGUGCCCCUUCGCAUCAUGUCAGCAUCUGGGUUUGUGCUGGUGAUACUGGCAGCGUCUCUGAGUCCCGGAGACUCCAGGUUCAUCAUAGACCCUUUGUCGCUCAUCAGACAGAAAUCUCUGACACUGGACGUCUGUUCAGAGUGCAGCCAGAUCAUCCAGCUGUCCGCCAACAUGAUUUCCAGCACAGAUACUAAGGAGACUGUAUAUGAAACCUUGCAUGCUCUCUGCCAAAGCCUCCCAAAAGAACAGGCAUCAGAGUGUGAUUCACAGGUGAAGAUGUAUUUGCCCAAAGUCCUGCAGCAAACACCUGGUCACCUGAAACCACGUGAGACCUGUAUGGUUUUUGGACUUUGUGCUGCCCACAAGGAGGAAACGUCCCCACUGCUGAAACUUCCCCAACAUGCCACCGAUAAAGACGUAUCCAGACCUGCACUUGGCACAGCUGUCAGCAACCAUGAGCUGUUCAACCCAGCUUGCAGCCUGUGUUUGUUUAUCAUCAAGAAACUGGAGACCCUUUUGCCCCAAAAUAUGACUGAGGAUGCUUUAAUGAAGCUCAUGGGAGAGGUCUGCAAUCUUGUGCCUCACAGCUAUAAGGACAAAUGUGACGAUUUCAUCAGCAAAUAUGGUGUACAGAUAGUCGAAUUCCUCUUAUCGUCUGCUGCGCCCCACACAAUAUGUACUCUUUUGCAUCUCUGUUUGUUCAAGGAGCAGCCUCUUCCAGAGGUGUCCUUCCCCUCGGACUGUGAGUCUUGCCGCACGCUGGCUGUGCUGAGCCGACUCUACCUGGAUCGUAACUCCUCUGAACCUCAGACUUCCUCUUUUCUGCACUCUGUGUGUGUCGAUCACCCCAAUGCCAUCCCUAAGUGCGAGGCUUUCACCAGAAUCUAUGGAUCUCGACUGCAAAAGGUUUUGGGAAACCAAAUGGAUGUUCCAUAUGCUUGUGAAAGAGCAGAUCUGUGUGUUGCUUCGAAGAAGCUGGAGCCCCUGGGAAAGAAUCAUUGCACUUGGGGACCAAGCUACUGGUGCAAAGACAUCGAAACUGCUCGGAAGUGUGGUAACCAAGCUUUCUGUGAGAAAUAUAUGUGGGGGAAGAACGAGUGAACCAAACUGACUGCAACUCUGAAGAUAUGUGCAGUCAAAGAACUUUCUUUUCACAAAUUCUUACACUGUUAAAUGUUUUAUAAAUGUAAUGCACUGAACUUUUUACUUACUUUUUAGGGACAUUAUUCAUUUCAUAUGCUAUUUCAAUCAAUCAGCCAUAAAUAUUGAUCAUGAAGUACUCUGGUUUGCACGAAAUCAAGAAGUAACGUGUCACAAGACUGGGCCUGGGAUUCAGUCUAAGACAUCAGUUUCUGCAGCUGUUAACGGUUUUGUGAAGUGUUAUUCUAUAUAUUUCACUAUGUAUUGUCAUUAUGACUAAAAAAAAACUUUGUCCCUAUGUUAGCUGUAAGGUGAACUCAGUAUGUAUUAAAGACAGUUUGGACAAUUGUCUACGCCACUCUGUUGCAAAGCUGCUUAUCUUAAUUUAUUGCUGUUCAAUGAGCCCUGGUGCUAAUAAGCACAUAACACUCCUAGACCUUAAAUGAAAUCAAAAGUUUUGUCAUUAAAUUCUACAUACAGACAGA